AUGUUGAAGUGGACCGUUAAAAAACGUUUUGCUGGUGAACAGCAACUCGACGAUGAUUACGAAAGUGUUAAUGGAGUUAAGAAGACGCGAAGGUCACUUGGGAAUGUUUUAGGAGAUAAUCAAAGCAAAAAUGUUUCAAAAUAUCAUAGAAGAAGAUCACUUGGAAGUCAGUUAUGUAAUGAAAGAGUUAAAGUUGACAAGGAGAAUCACCUCGUGACUCCAGUUCGAAGGAAAUCCAACAGACAAACUCCGCUUGGUGACAGCAGCAAUAAACGACGAGAAAACUGCAAUAAACGAAAACAUCAUUUGAUAUCAUCAACAGCUUUGACAUCGCCAACAAUUUCACCAAUUUCAUUCAACUUCAAAGAAGUUUUUGUGGAGCCAUCGGCAAUCAUUUUUCCAUCAAGUUAUGCGCCAACCUUACCAACAUUUGAUGUUGAGUACUCACCAGUGAUGAAAAGUUCUCAAAAUUUAGUGAAAAGUUCGAUACGAGUGAAUGAUGAAAUUCCAAUUAAGCGAAUGAAAAUGGACUUGAUGGAUCUUUCGUACGAAUUUCAUCCUGAAUCGGCAUCGACGUCGUCACCACUUUCCACUCCAUUAGUUAGCAGAAAAGUCAUCAACGAACAGAAAGUUCCACUGAACUUAUCAAAUGAUUCAGAAUCAUCGUUGAACUCAUCAGAAGUUGGUGACACGACGUUGCAGAAGAUGAUCGAUGACAUCUUAGCAAGUGCAAGAAAUGGAAAGAAGUUCAAAAGUGGUUUAGCAGAAUCAAAGAAGACAGGGCGUGAUACAAAUGCUAACUUUAUGAAGAAUUUGAGUGAGAUUUGUGAGAACAUGGAAGAAAAAAGCAUCGUGAAACUUUUGUCGCCAGAAAAGAUCACUGAAGCUGCAGACAAGACAAUCAUCAUUGCAAAUACUGAAAUACAAAACGAACGAGAAGUGAAGUCACCGAUGGUUAAAAAAGAUGUAGAAAUUGUUGACUUUAGAGCUGAUGAAACUUGUCAAUUGAAGAGACAAAAUGCAGUUCGGAGAAAGAACACAAGCAAUGAAAAUAAAAAUAAGAAAAAAUGUGAAGAAAGUCAAGGAAAAUCCCAAAAGGAAUUUCAAGACUCGUCAAUUCAAAAAUGUUUGAGUUUCUCAUCAGAAAAUUUUGACGAUGUCAGUGAUAAGUUCAAACGUUCAUCAGUUGCAUCAAAUUCAUCAGGAUCUUCAAAUUCCUACGUAUCACAGUCAAAAUAUACGAAGAACCUUUUAAUGAAAGGUUCGUUAGAAAUGACGAUUUCAACAGAAGAAAAUCAAAAGAAAAUUGUGAUUCACGUUUUAAAAUGUAAGCAUCUACCUAAAACAACUGAUAUUCCACACGUCAAUGCAUAUGUGAAAUGUGCGAUGGUCACUUUGAAUUCACCAUCUGGACAUCACAACACUUAUCAACGAACAGCAGUACAUAAAAACUCAACAGAACCUGUGUUUGAUCAUAAAUUCAAUUUUGAUUUAAAUAAUUCAGAUGAUCAUGAAAAAUAUCUUCAACUUGCUGUAUGGCAUCGAAACAGAAGUUUAAAACGAAGCGAAUUUAUUGGCUGCCUGACAGUAUCUGUGAAAAAUAUUUUGGAAAAGAAUAUUGAAGGAACAUUCAAACUCCAACCACAAUCUUUUUUAUUAAGGCCAGCUCCACUUAUAGUUGAAACUGAUGAUUCAUUAUCGAAANCGAUGGUUAAAAAAGAUGUAGAAAUUGUUGACUUUAGAGCUGAUGAAACUUGUCAAUUGAAGAGACAAAAUGCAGUUCGGAGAAAGAACACAAGCAAUGAAAAUAAAAAUAAGAAAAAAUGUGAAGAAAGUCAAGGAAAAUCCCAAAAGGAAUUUCAAGACUCGUCAAUUCAAAAAUGUUUGAGUUUCUCGUCAGCCAAUUUCGACGACGUCAGUGAUAAGUUCAAACGAUCUUCAGUUGCAUCAUACUCAUCAGGAUCUUCAAAUUCCUACGUAUCACAGUCAAAAUAUACGAAGAACCUUUUAAUGAAAGGUUCGUUAGAAAUGACGAUUUCAACAGAAGAAAAUCGAAAGAAAAUUGUGAUUCACGUGAUAAAAUGUAAUAAUUUGGAAAGAACCAGUGAAAGUCCUCAAAUUAACGCUUAUGUCAAAUGCGCUUUAGUAACACUUCAAAAUCACCAAAACGUAUACCAAAGAACUGCAGUUCAUAAAAAUUCAACUUGUCCCAAUUUUGACCAAAAAUUUGUGUUCAACAUAAAUGAUUUCAGUGAUUAUGCAAAAUAUGUACAAAUUGCUGUGUGGCAUCGAAAUAGAAAUCUCAAACGGAGUGAAUUCCUAGGAUGCUUAAUGAUUCCAGUGAAAAUAGCUAUGAGGAAGAACAUCAGCGGAUCAUUUCUACUCCAUCCACAAAUGAGUUUGAACAAUCCAUCAUCAUUAAUUCCUGAAGCUGAUGAUAAAAUGUUAAAUCAUAUAUUUGAAGAUCCAAAAGAGAAAUCUGAGAAUUGUUACCAUAAUAUUUAA